GAAAAACAAAUAUUUAUAUAUAUAUAUAUAUAAAAAUUCACAUAAAAAAAAUUUUGACAUCUGUCAAUCAAAUUGAGAAAAUUAUUAUAAAAAUGUCAUUGAAAAAAUUAAUGACAAUAUUGACUAAAGAAAUGUUUUAUUUUUAAUGAAAAUUUAAAAAUAAAACAAAAUGUCUGUCACUGAGGAGAAAAUUGAAGAAUUAAAUAAUAGAUUUUCGGAAUUUAUUAGUAAAAAAGAAAAUGUCGAAUCAGUUACUGUUGAUUUUUAUGAAGAUUUAUUAGAUGAAGUAUUAAUGGGCUUUGUUUUUGAUGUUCAUCGAACAAUUAAAAGUGGCAGUUCCAAUGUUGAGGAAGGCAUUCCCGAUGAUGAGUCUUACGUCAUUAUAGAUUCACCGGGUUUGGACGUAUUUGGUCAGCAUCCAGUGAAAAAAUCACAAGAAUGCAAUUGUCCAAAUUGUGAUCGUGGUGUUGCCGCAUGUAGAUUUGCGACACAUCUUGAAAAAUGUAUGGGAAUGGGUCGCAAUAGUUCACGUAUUGCAUCACGUCGUAUUGCAAAUAAUACAAAGGAUUUAAGUAAUUUCAGCGGUAUUAUAAGUGACGAUGAGGACGAUGUCGAUUGGAGUAUGAAUAAUGAUAAACGUAAACGUAAUAAUAAAAAAGAACGUAAUGGAAUUAAAAAAUAUAAACAACAAAAAAGUGGACAAAGAAAUGGCGAUAGUAAUAAUGAUGUUGUUUAUACAAGUAAUGAAAAUUCACCAUCAAAUUAUGAGAAUAUGUCAAUUGAGGAUAAAAAAACGUUAUUAACACAAAUUUGUGGUGUUAUAUCGGAGCAUACAAAAAAAUUAUGUACAAGAUCGGUGCGUUGUCCACAGCAUACGGAUGAUCAACGACGUGAAAUGAGAGCAAAUUUAGAUAAUUCCACGGGACAAGAUGGUAUUAAUGUUGAUGUUGUUGAGACAAAUGAUGAGGAGAGUCAACAUUCAAGGGAGAAUUUUACACGAUGGGAUCAAGAGGGUUCGAGUCAUUCGAGUCCUGCCGAUUCAACAUCAACAACAACAUCAUCGACAAAUUCAGCUAAAAAAAGAGAUACCAAAUCUCGAGGCAAGGGAAAAACCUCGAAACGCGAUCGUAAUUCGCCAUUUUCUCAGGGUGAUUGAAAAAAUAUAUUUCUAUGUCAAUAAAAAUUGAAAUUUUUAAUUUCUACAAAAAAAUCUCGAUUUUACUGUCUUUGAAUUGUAAAUUUUACAUUGUCAAAAAAAGGGAUUAGAAUUGAUUUAAGGUAAAUUUCAUUUUAAGUAAAUUUUUAUUUUCUAAUUAAUUUUAUUUUUUAAAUUAAUUUUGAUAAAUUAUUCAAUUGAACAAAUCAAAGGAAAUUAGGUAAAAUAAAUUUAAUUUUCUAUUUUCUAUUCGAUUUACGAGCGAGAAAAUAUUAACUUAAAAAGUCGUACACUGGACGAAGUUGAAAUAAUGUAAAUUCAACUUAAUACAUUUUUUUUAAAUAUAUUAAUAAAUUAAUAUAUAUUAUGUUUUCGUUAAUUUUUUAAUUGUAAAAAUAAUUAUCGCUAUAUACAUAUUAUGAAUAUUAUUAAUUAAAAUUUCAGAAAUAAAUAAAAUAUAA